UUUUCUUUCUUUCGUUUUUUCUUAUUCAUUCUUAUUAAAAUGACCACACCAACCAGAAUAUCACAACAAUCACGUACAAAAGGAAAAAAAAUUCAAGUUGGUGAUGAUAGUGAUUUUAUUGAUAUACUCAACAACCUCGACUCACUUUACAAGGAUAUCAUACAAAGUAAACCUAAUCUUACUCCUCAACAAAAGACCAUGAUGGAACAAGAUAUUAAGAAGUGGCUCACAGAUCUUGUCAAAUUAUUGGGUCCUAAUAUUAUGGUAGCAGGUGGUGAACCUUUACAAGUGGACUCUAUUGUUGAAGAACCCUUUGACGAAGCACUGGAAAAUGAAGCGAAAAUGUGGGACUUACGAUCAAGAGAAGCUUUAAAGAAGGAUAUUUUGGAACGAAAAGCGAUACCAGCACAAAUUGACCCACUGAUUCAAAAAGCAGACGCGUUACAAUCAUAUACGGCAAAUAAUGCUGUAUUUGAUACUGACAAUGAAGAUUCAGAUGAACAGUCUCUAGAUACAGAAUUACCAACAGAAAUCAAGAAAGAAUUCAAAGAUAGCUUGGAAUUGCUAGUUGGAUUACAAAAGGUAUUUCUAUUAUUUAGCAAAUACAUAUGUCUACUUACUUACUAUUUAUAUUUUUGUCAAAAAGGAAACACCUCAACGAUUAUCACAGUUGGCCCUAGUACAGAAACUUAUCGAUUCGAAACAGGCUAGAAAAUAAACACUUUCCAUCUGUAUAUAGAUUUUUUUUUUUACGUUACCCAACUACACUGUAUAUUAUUCUAAUAAAUGACAAAAUGUUUUAAUUUAUAACUAUUA